CUCAGCGAUUAGCAUCUUAACUCGACUUACGUAAUGCUACACAGGCCAACUCUCAAACAGGCAUAACACUUUGUCUAGAAAAGGACAGCAGUUUGUUACAGCUUAUUUAAGAAAACUUAUUAUAACAAAAAGGUGAUCUUAUUCACAUUCAUACCUUUAUAUAUCAAUAUAAAAUGCUGCGUGCUUCAAAAAGUCAACAUCGAUAAUGGUUUUCUUCGCUGAUUGACGCCUGUGAAAAACGAGAAGCAUUUGUCAACACUGCAAUUUUAAUUUCAACCGUCGUAGCGUCUUCUGUUACGUAAUAAUGCACGGGUAUAAAGCUGUACACAGGGAGCGGCUUAGCGUACAUAUCACUUCGAUAUAGCACAGUGCACUUUGUAAUUCCCUCGCUCGCCAAGUUCGUCCAGCCCUCGUCAAGAUGGCAAAUAGGUCCCUUAUCCUUCGAAAUGUGUUCAUCAUUGUCUCUGCAUUGGCCUACGCUAUGAACCUCAUGUUUAGUAGGUUUUCGAACGCCAAGAACCGACCCGAAGCCUUUCAGGUGCUCUUUGGAAACGGGUCAAGCGUCGGUGGAAUGUCGAGGAGGUUUUCCACAGAUGUCACUCCGGCGCCCCCUACAUUUCAAAUCUGGAUAGUGAUCUAUACUUGGCAGUGCUUGUGGAUUGUCUACUCGUUCUCCCUCAUCUGUCGCAAGGUCCCUGAGGUUUUCGACUGGCUGUUCUUCGUGUUUUUCACGCUCAGCUCCUGUAUCGUCACCUCGUGGCUUGUCGUCCAGAGUCGGGGACUCAAGCAGCUGUCCUGUGGGAUUCUGUUCUUUCACGGGUUCUCUCUGUACGCCGCUCUAGCCACAGCUUACUAUCGCGUCGUUCCUCGCAACGAAGAGCUCGCCGCCUACUCCAAACUCGACUUCUUCGCGACGCAUAUCCUGGUGUUCAAUGGAAUCGUUACGUACACGACUUGGGUGACACUUGCGUCGCUGCUUAGUCUGAACGGGGCUUUGAUCUACGCUCACGGUGUCUCCAAGGUAACAGCAGGGACAAUUAUUCUCUCCAUUCUCGCUGUAGAGCUGCUGGUCUGGUUUGUGAUCGAGAAUUUUGUCCUUGAGAGGUACUUAAGGUUUACCUUCACUGUCUACCCCGUGGUCAUUACUGGGCUGUCUGGGAUUAUUGCGCGCAACCCUAGCGAGACGAAUAGAAUCUUUACCAUCGUCCUGCUCUCCAUAGCCGUGGUUCUGUUCAUCGUGCGCGUCGGUCUGUCCGUGUGGAGGUUUACGAGAGGAAGGAAAAGCGACGAAGUCACACUGCGUUUUAACAAGAUGGAGGAUAAUGUAUCGUAUUGAAUUUGUUAAGUGCAACAUUUCAGCGAUUAAUCUACCCCCACCAGAGUUUUCUUAUAGCCCUUAUUGUUAGUCUGAAUAUCCAUACUGCUUAGGAGUCUACGCCAGAAAUGGCAUCAUAGAGGAUUAUUCGGAUCCGAUUUUUCAUGAGGGUGUGGGGCAUGAAAUCUGUAAAUAUCAUCGUAGGCCACGCCCACGAGGGCUUUGUUACACAAAGAGAGACUAGAAGAAAAUUGUACAAACUACAAUCUAACAAAUUCACAGUAUGUAAUGCCGAUUUUUUAGAGCAUUGUAUAAUAAUCACAAACAUAUAAUAGUCCUAUGUAUCUUACCUAUAGACCGAUUAUUUUGUAUAAUUAUAAAUAAAUAAUAGCUUUGAA